AAGAAGAAGAAGAAGAAGAAGAAGAAGAAGCUGAAGCUCACACGUGUUUACGCACGUCUUCUCCGUGUUGUUGUCUGCUGAGAUGCUACUAGUUGGUUUUAUUUAAUAUUGUACAUAGUAAAGUUCUCGGCUGCAGGAUACAAAAGCAUUAAACUAUAGGAUGGGCCAGAAAAAUAAGAAACUAACGAAGAAGAAGAGGCACACAGCCAACAGGGAGCCGGAGCCUGACUCUGACAGCGGAGACUUUGAGCUGGCUGCUGAAAUUAAAGACGAUGACUCGCCAGGAAGGAAAUUGCCACGCUUCCCUGCCUCCUCAGACUGUCUGUCAGAUGUGGAGCCCGACACCAGGGAGCUGGUCAGAGCCCAAAACAAGAAGAAAAAGAAGUCUGGAGGCUUCCAGUCCAUGGGUCUCAGUUACCCUGUAUACAGAGGGGUCAUAAAGAAGGGUUAUAAAGUCCCAACUCCGAUCCAAAGAAAGACCAUUCCACUAAUUCUGGAUGGCAAAGACGUCGUAGCCAUGGCUAGGACUGGCAGCGGAAAGACGGCAGCCUUUCUGGUGCCCAUGUUCGAGAAGCUCAAGGCGUCUCACGCCCAAACCGGAGCCAGGGCCCUCAUUCUGUGUCCCACCAGGGAGCUGGCCCUUCAAACCUUGAAGUUUACAAAAGAGCUUGGAAAAUUCACCGGCCUCAGGACUGCAUUGAUUCUUGGUGGAGACAGAAUGGAUGACCAGUUUGCUGCCCUUCAUGAAAACCCAGACAUAAUCAUCGGUACCCCGGGUCGUCUCAUGCAUGUUGUGAAGGAGAUGAACCUAAAGUUGCAUAGUGUGGAGUAUGUGGUAUUUGACGAGGCUGACAGGUUGUUUGAAAUGGGUUUUGCUGAGCAGCUUCAGGAGAUCAUCAGCAGGCUUCCUGAGACAAGGCAGACCCUGUUGUUCUCUGCUACUCUGCCCAAACUGCUGGUGGAGUUUGCCAGAGCCGGUCUGACAGAACCAGUGCUCAUUCGUUUGGAUGUUGAUUCCAAGCUGAGUGACCAGAUUAAGCUGGCAUUUUUUCAUCUGCGUGUGGACGACAAACCGGCGAUGCUACUGUAUCUCCUGAGGAAUGUGGUGAAACCUCAGGAGCAGACAGUUGUCUUUGCAGCCACCAAACACCACAUUGAGUACCUGAGAGAGCUGCUUUCCUCAGAAGGCAUUGAGUGUGCUUACAUAUACAGCGCCCUGGAUCAGACUGCCAGAAAGAUCAACAUUGGGAAGUUUGUGCAUAGAAAAGCGAUGGUGCUCCUUGUGACAGACGUUGCCGCUCGUGGUAUAGACAUCCCCCUGCUGGACAACGUCAUCAACUACAACUUCCCCGCCAAGGCCAAGCUUUUCCUGCACAGAGUUGGUCGUGUUGGACGCGCGGGUCGCAGUGGCACAGCCUACAGUUUAGUUUGUCCAGAUGAGAUGCCUUUUGUGUAUGACCUUCACCUCUUCCUGGGGAGACCUGUUCAAGUUGCCACACCUGAUCACGCACAAGAUGCUGAUGGUGUCUUUGGUCGCGUCCUUCAAAGCAUUCUGGAUGAUGAAGAGUCACAUCUGAUCACCGCUCAUGAAAAUUCCCUGGAGCUGCAAAACCUGCAUCACGUCUCAGAGAAUGCAUAUAAACAGUACCUUAAGUCUCGACCAAGUCCCUCACCAGAGUCCAUCAGGCGGGUCAAAAAUAUAGAUGUGUCCAGCAUGGCUGUCCAUCCCUUGCUAGGAUCUGGGUUGGGAAAAUCAGAACUGGAGCGCCUUCAAAUAGUCGAUGCCAUCAAGGGCUACAAAUCAAAAUCAACUAUCUUUGAAAUCAACUCCAACUCUAAGACUCAGGCCAGCGAAGUGAUGCGGGCCAAACGGUCCAAGGAUGCGCGAUUGGUGGACAAGUUCAGCAAGCAGAAACAGGACAUGGCUACAGAGAACCAUGUGCAUCAAGCGGUCAACUCCUCCGUCACCGACAAUGAUUCUGCAAUCGCUAUGGACGACGAGGACGAUGAUCUAAAGGGGGUGUUCUCCUCAGUGGUCGGUGGAAAGAGGAAAGGCCAACAAGAUGACGGGGCAGGACGGUCAAAGAAAAGCAGACAAACGGGUAAAGAUGAGGAAUAUUACAUCCCUUACAGACCCAAGGACUUUAACUCCGAGAGAGGGUUGAGUCUCGGUGGAGAAGGCAGCGCAUUUGAACAGCAGGCUUCCUCAGCUGUUCUGGACCUGAUGGGAGACGAAGCCGACCAGUUCAAGCAGCACAAAAAAAUAAUGAAAUGGGACCGUAAGAGGAAACGUUUCGUGACAGAGUCGGGACCAGAAAACCGCAAGCACAAGAUCCACACAGACAGUGGUCAGGUCAUCAACAACAAGAAGAACAAGAAGAACUUUUAUGAGGAGUGGAAGAAAAAGUACAAAGUCAAUGAAGAAGGAGGAGGAUCGGAUGGAGAAACAGAAGGAAGAAUGAAGCCAGUCAGAGGCCGUGGCCGUGGUCGACGAGGUCCUAACUUCCAAAGCCCCGCGCGGCAGCAGCAGACGCCCGGCGGCCGGGCAGUUCGCUCAGAGCUGAAGACCAGAGAUCAGAUCCUCAAAGAGCGCAAGAAGACGCAGAAGCACCGGUUUCUGCAGAGCGGAGGCCUAAAGAAGCUCCGCUCCAAGAACAGACAGGCGCUCAGAGAAGUGAAGAAGUCAGGGUUCGGACGAGGCAGCCAGAAGAAGGGCAAGAUGAGGAAGAGAUUGUGAGAGCGGAGACCUGGUGCCCUGCGGGACUGUGGACUGAAGGAGAAAAGGAGCUGGAGAAAACCUUUUACAAAGAUGUGCAUCAACCUUUUCUCUCUAUUUGCCACAGAAUAUGUAAAAAUGUAUCCAAUAAGCUGGGUUUGCUUUAUGCAUGGAUGAAAGCAGCGUGUCUAUGCACAAAGACUUACUGGGAAAUACAUGAGUGAGGCCAUCA